AUGGAAGUUUGUGUAAAGAUGAGAAAGAAAUUGAAUUUGAUUGUUGUUCAAGAUUGCUUUUGUUUAAAGAAUAAGAAAUAAUUUUUACCUAUUUAUCCUAUUGAAAAUAUUUUUUUUUUGCUAAUUAGAAUAUUUAACAGAUUAAUGAUUUUAAUUUAAGUAGAUGAAUUAAGAAUGAACCUUGCGAAAAAAAUAAUUGGUUUUAAUUGCAGGUUGUUUCCAUAUAUCACAGAUUAUAAACAAUAUUUAAAUCAUUAGAACAAUGCAGAGACCUUAAUCAUAGUCAAAUUUAAAUCAGAGAGAAUUUAUUUUUUAUUGCUACUCACCUAUUUUACGAAUCAUUUGGCAAACUCUAAGUAUUGAGACAUAAGACACUGUAUAUUUUCAAAAAGGGAAGCCAUAGUCUAUUUUUAGAUUAUCAAACAUGGUAUAAUAGGCCAUACUUAUUCAGAGUCUAAUUAUGGAAAGGAUCAUUUAAAAAAUUUAUACAUUAUAUGAAUAAUAGAUAAAAGAAAAUUGCUAAUAUAAAUAUUGAAUUAGAUUUGAUAUUACUAUAUGAAAAAUUUAUGUAACCUUUUAUAUAUUAAUAAUAAAAUAUAAAAGGUUACAUAAAUAAACAGUAAAGGAAUAAUUUUAGUGAAAAAAGUAAGGAAGCUGCUGUAGUUAAAUUGGAUUAUCGUUCAUUGUAAAUAAUGACUAAAUGUGGAAUUAUAUUUUAAUGUUUAAAAGAAAGUGAGAUAAAUUCUAGCAAAAACUAUUUAUAUAUAAACAAUAUCAAAACCAGUCUUUCUUAACAAAUAGAAUUCAUUUUCAUAGAAAAAGAUAUAUUAAUCAUAUAUUAUUUGAUUAAAAUGCAUAGGAAAAAAGUAUUUAUGAAUAUUUAAGAAAUAAAGCUUUUAAAUAAUUUAGUAUUUUGA